CGGCUCAACGUGGGGGGCACGGUGUUCCUCACCACCCGGCAGACGCUGUGCCGCGAGCAGAAGUCCUUCCUCAGCCGCCUGUGCCAGGGGGAAGAGCUGCAGUCAGACCGGGAUGAGACUGGGGCCUACCUCAUUGACCGUGACCCCACCUACUUCGGGCCCAUCCUGAACUUCCUCCGGCAUGGCAAGCUGGUGCUGGACAAGGACAUGGCCGAGGAGGGGGUCCUGGAGGAGGCAGAGUUCUACAACAUCGGCCCGCUGAUCCGCAUCAUCAAAGACCGGAUGGAGGAGAAGGACUACACUGUCACCCAGGUCCCGCCCAAGCACGUGUACCGCGUGCUGCAGUGCCAGGAGGAGGAGCUCACGCAGAUGGUGUCCACCAUGUCCGACGGCUGGCGCUUCGAGCAGCUGGUGAACAUCAGCUCCUCCUACAACUACGGCAGCGAGGACCAGGCCGAGUUCCUGUGCGUGGUGUCCAAGGAACUGCACGGCUGCCCGCACGGGCUGAGCUCGGAGUCCGGCCGCAAAGCCAAGAGCGCGGAGGAGCAGCUGGAGGAGCAGCAGCAGCAGGAGGAGGAGGUGGAGGUGGAGGUGGAGCAGGUGCAGGUGGAGGCAGAUAUCCCGGAGAAAGGUCCCCGUCUGCGCCCUCUCAGACCUGAGGCUGCGCCCGCAGUGAGGGCUUCUCCUUGGCCCCUCGCCCGCCCCCAGAGCUGCCGUCCUUGCUGUUACAAGCCAGAGGCGCCCGGAUGUGAGGCCCCAGAUCACCUCCAGGGACUUGGGGUUCCUAUCUGAAAUCCUUUAUUUUUGUACCAUGGGGUGGGCCCCCAGCCCCCAGGAGAGGAAGCCUUCUCCCUCCUGCCACCUCUGUCUACACCUGCCUCUGGGGGCCCAGUGGGGACCCGCCGGGACCUCUCAAAGCCUAAGGUGCCGGGCCCCGGAACCCCUGGGCAGGGGCUCCUGCCUGUGGCCGAAGUGCGGCGCCCCCAGCUGUGUCUCCCGGGGCCUGUGUCCCCUCCGCCCGAGCCCCAGCUGCGUGGGGGUGCCCCUCCUUCUGCCCCGGUCACAUCGCCUCCCUGAGCCUUAGUCCCCCUGUCUUGUCACAUGGGUCGACUUCCCACCCCACCUACCUCACAGGGUUGUUGUGAGGUUACUAGGAGAAGCGGCCCCAGAAAGCCCGGGGAGCGUCCAGGUGCCAGGCACAGGGCGCCCCCUCUGGAGGGUGGACCCAGCUCGCCCCAGGUGGAGAUUGAGGUCCGCGGAUGGAGGAUGGGGGUCUGGCCCUGCGAGGAGGAGGGGUGGCAGACAGCGGGGCCACUCGGGAACUUGUGCCCUGGGGAGAGUUGGGGCCGUCGGGCCGAGCGAGGGACCCUGCCUGUGUCCGUCGCUUCUCGGCUGUGUCCGUAGCCCCUCGUAAUAAAACCUGAGGAGAAACAGCC